UUUUCAAUUAUUAGCAAUGUUCCAAAGAUUAUCUCACUCUAAUAUAGCAGUUUUGCUGUUGCAAGAGUGAAGCAGUCGCAUUGAAAUAAAUUAUACAUGGCUUUCAAUCAAAAUUGUCACAAAUAAAACUAGAAUCUGGAAUGCACAGUUUUAGUGGACGUGUCGACAUCGAAAGACUUACCAUAAUUUUUUAAAAAAAUAAUACUAUCAUUUUAUAACAAUGAUUUAAUAAAAGUAGACGCGAAAUACUAAAUUUAUAAGAAUAAAAAAAAAUUAGUAAGGAGUUUUUAAUAUAUAACGAAAUAUCGACUUGAAUUUAGACGAAAUUAUUGCUCGUAUUUUAUGUAAACAAAGAAUAAAUAUACUUGAAUUAAACAAUGUCUGCAAUUGUGUGAACAAAAGGGGCGUUAAUGUUGUCUCAUACGAUUGCUUUUACAAAGUUUUUUACACUUAAAAGAUUUAAAAUGGUCGGUGUGAGUAGGGACGCGCCACUGGGUGUACAGUGCAUACAGAAAUUGUAUAUCAAACUAUGUCCUAGACUGCAGAUCAACAGAUUGAGAUGGUACCAAGUCAGCGUCCUAAUACUGACCUACUUCACGUAUAUGACGUACCAUUUGACGAGGAAACCUAUAUCGGUGGUCAAAAGCGUCCUCCAUCAGAACUGCAGUAGUCUGACACCGCCCCCCGACGUCGACCCGACCGAUGACCAAUGGUGUAAUUGGGCGCCGUUCAAUACGACGGACGCGAACACGUUAUUAGGAACAUUGGAUUCCGCCUUCCUGUUCUCAUACGCGGGCGCCAUGUUUGUUUCUGGCAUGAUAGCCGAGAGAGUGGACUUACGCUAUUUCCUCUCCCUGGGCAUGCUCACGUCGGCCAUAUUUUGCUAUCUGUUCGGCAUCGGACGAACAUACAAUAUUCAUAACAUUUAUUAUUAUUUAAUCGUUCAGGCUGGAGCCGGUAUCGCCCAGACCACUGGCUGGCCGGGCACCGUUGCCACAGUAGGUAAAUGGUUCGGGAAUACAAAGAAAGGAUUGAUAUUCGGCGUUUGGAACUCUCACACGUCGCUUGGUAACAUUUUGGGUACCCUCAUGGCAGCCGAAUACGUGGACAAAGACUGGAGCCUCUCAUUCAUAUACCCUGGCCUCAUGAUGGGCGCGGUCGGCUUCGUGAUCUGGCUGUUUCUCGUCCCGGAACCUAAAUACGUGGGUCUGGUUCCCGGAGAAAGGAAUACUCCCAUCAGACAAUGCACCAAGUCUGAUGAAGAGGAUGAAGCAGAAAUCGUCAGCCACGAUGCUGAACCGACCCAAGUUCUAGUCGGAGACCAGGGUGCAAGUCUGAGAAGUAACAGAUAUUCGGCUAACACGCAACACGAGGAGCCCACCGAGCACACCUCGCUGCUCCGCCGCCCCUCGCUCUCCGGGAGCAGCGCCGUGUCUCUGUCCAGGGCGCUCUCCAUCCCAGGAGUGGUGGAGUUCUCUCUCUCGUUAUUCUUCGCCAAACUAGUCAGCUAUACGUUCUUGUAUUGGCUGCCGUUGUACAUAAAGACAUCGACUAACCUAACAGCCAAGCAAUCUGGCAAGCUAAGCACAGUGUUCGACGUGGGCGGGAUUGUGGGCGCGAUCCUGGCGGGGCUCGUGUCCGACUGCACGGGCUGUCCCGGAAUCGUCUGCGUGGUUUUUUAUAUGCUCUGCGCGCCCUCGCUCCUCGUUUACCAGACCUGGGGAGCCAGCUCGUAUACACUGAACGUUUGGCUGUUGAUAUUAAGCGGUGUGCUCGUGAAUGGUCCUUACGCGCUCAUCACCACUGCCGUUAGCGCGGAGUUGGGUACACACAGCAGUCUAGCUGGAAAUUCCCAGGCUCUGGCGACGGUCACCGCCAUCAUUGACGGCACCGGGAGCGUUGGUGCGGCAAUAGGGCCUAUGCUGGCCGGCAUCGUCUCCAGUUCGGGGUCGUGGUCCUACGUGUUCUACAUGCUCAUAGCGUGUAACUACAUGGCGCUGUUCCUCUUAUUAAGGAUAGCGAAAUCGGAAAUAGCCAAAUUGAGACAGGAGAGACGCAUAGCAUCACCUCCUAGAGUCAGAAUAGAAUAAUUUUUAUUAUUUAUAAUUAAAAUAAUCAAAACGGUUUUUAACGAAAUAAAUAAAAAUAUUAACGAAACGGACAAAGAGAUUUGCACUGCCAAAAUUCUGCCAACUGUGAGUUCGUGUAAUGAAUUAAAAAAAAUAUAAAAAACACCAGUUUUAAAUACUUUAAAUUCUGCAAAAAAAAAACAAUGUUAAAUUGACAAACAAACCCAUAAGAUUUUAGAACUGUAUCGUCAGCGCAAAAGUGGCCCAAGCAUACCUGAGCUUAGAGUAAAAAGCUUACAGUUUAUAGUAAGUAUGGAGACAAUGAGGUCUGAAUUUACUUUCACACUGCCUCAUAGGCAAAAACAAAACGCGCAAAAAUAAUGUUGACAGAGCCAUCUGUUGUCUACGGGCGAAACUAGGGAUAGGCCGGUUUUGCAUCAAAAUUUAUUAUGUUUUAAAUAAAUUGCAAUAUAGUAAAACCACAAAUGUGAAAAAAUUUAGGAUAGGCCACUUUUGGGCUGACCUCAUUUGUGGCGACAAACGCAUGAGUCUUGAUAAGGUCGAAAUAUAUGUACGUAUGUUUUCAAAAAACGAUGUACGCUGAAUUCGACCAGUGAAGUGUGCUUAAAGUAUUUGUAUUCCUAAUUAUAUGUAUAACUCAGACUAAGUGAGAAUAGUAAUUAAAUUAUUAUAAUAAUACGAUUAAUUGAAAUAUUGAAUUUAGACUAUAGGUUCUUCUUGUCUAUUCAAGUAAACAAAUCUAUAGAUUUUCUUGAUUGCGAACAUAAGAAUACAUUUAAUUAAAUUUUUGAGCAUCUUAACUGAGAUUUUAAAUUGUAAUUCAAAUAAUUGAGAGUUUUAAUUGUAAGUUAAUUAUUAUCAAUUAGUUAUAAUAAUUCAAUUAAUUGAAAUAUUGAGUAUGAGGUUCUUAUCUUCAUAAUCAUACAAUCUAUGGAUUUUUUUGUUUGAGAACAUAAAUAUACAUUUAAUUCAAUUUUUUAGCAUUUUAAUUGUGUUUUUAAAUUGUAAUUCAAUUAAUUGUAAUAGUGAGAGUUUUAAUCGAAUGCCUAUUUUAAUAUAGUAAAAAUUCUUAAGUUAAAGAGUGGUUCAUUUAAUUCAUUCAAUCAAUUGAAUUUUUACAAACGAAUUCAUAUCAAACAUUUGACUUGGAAUUAUUUAAGCGAGGUAAUUACACGUCGUACAAGUUUAGUUCGGAUGACAGUUUUUCAUACAAACAGAUUAAUUUAAUUUUUGUUUUUCCAAUGAAUAGUGUAUUUUAUAUGUUCCUUAAAACGUAUCAUUGAAUUGAGGAUUGAUAAGCGGAGUGUAGCUUAUCGUGAAGGAAUAUGGCGGCAUCCAUAGCCUGCUCUGAACCGGUAAUAGAACGCGAAACAUUUAGACACACACGAAAAACGAGAAGUAUUUAUGUUCGUUUGUUUUAAGUAAGUGAAUGUUGUUUUGUAAGUUAUAGGCAGCAUUUGUUGUCCUUACGACACACGAAACCGCCAUUGCUGCUCCGAAUACUGGCUGUGUUUUAAUUAAAGGAUGUGUUUUCUUAGAGCAGUGUGUAUUCAAAGUUGAAACGGUUUUACACCGACCCUCAUCGUUAAGGACAUGGCAGCGAAAAACCGCCAUUAUGAGUAUUAAAUGAAAAUUUCGUGGAAAUUUCAUUAUGUAGGACUAUUUAUGCUGUGUGAAAUUAAUUGGUGAAAAUAGCAUCGACAUUCAUUUCAAAAUGGCGUUGUGGUUGUCUAUCUCGCACACCGUUGUUUUAAUUGUUGUGACGUCAAGAGUUGAUAGUGUAACGCUACCGCAGGGUCACUAAUUAAAAUUCUUCUAAUUGAAUUCUGUAAAAUAAUAUUUAAAAAAAGUAGAUUUUAGAAAGUCCUCUGUAUUCGAAUGCAAGCAAUUUUAUUUUAUUUUAGUAUUUCGAAAUAACUAAAAUGUUUGUAUUAUUUUAUUUUAAUGAAAUAUUUUAUUGUAGAGUGCAAUUUAAUGUUAUCAAGAAUAUUUAUUGGAUGUUCCAUUAAUAAUUGAAUUAAUCAUCUCAUAAUAUUUUUUCAAUUAAGAUUUUUUAUGAAAAUUAAUAAUAAUGUACAAAUGAAUACAUUCAGAAAGUUCCUUAAAGAUCGAUAUCAUACUGCCUUCGUUUAAAAUUUUUCGUUUUCGUUCGAUAUUUGAAAAGGAACUUACUUUUUUCCUGGCAAUACAAAUACGACUCCACAUAGAUGUAGAAAUAAUACAAUAUUAUGUUUUGAUAUCGAGGGGUGAAAUGUUAUUUAGAUUAAGCGACAUUAUUGCAACUACACAGGAGUGCCAUUUAAAAUUUGGAAAAAUAUCAUGACAAAAAAAAUACUUCAGCUAUUUAAAUGGAGUUCAAUUCAAAACAUCGUACUGUUGAUGCUAAUAUCAAAUAAAAUGCACUUUCAAUUACAAAGAUAAAUGUCGCCUAAACCAAUCAGCUUUUCACCCUUGUAAAAUGAGCUGACAGGAAAAAAAAGUCUAAAUAAUAUAUUUUUCUACAAAUGUUUUAUUGACGAUUUAUUGUUGGCAAGUGUACGAAAGAAUCAUUCAAGCAAAUGUUGUAUUUUGAAAUGGCCGUGACCCGUGAUUCCAACAAGCUGUUUGUCGUGAAGAAGGGAGAAGACGUUUGUGUAACGCCAUUUAUGGUUAAUGCAUUUUUUUUUUCGUAUAAUAAAUGACAGGGUCUAUUGAA